UCGACAAAGUAGCACAGGUGACUUGGUCGUUCCGCGAUCGAGCCACGAUCACUCGUAAAGCUCGCGCUCGAAUAGCCGGGCAAUUCCAAGAUCGCGGGCACACUCGAUAGAAUUCGCACGAUUUCCCUGGCCAGCCGGCUCCGAAUCUCUGCUCUUUCCUAGAGAAAGAGAGAGAGAUAGAGAGAGCGUCUUCGGUAACUCGGAUAACGAAAUUCUCGGAGCUACAGUGGGGCUUUUCGGUGACAAUCGCGCAAACGUGAACGUGAUCCACGAUCGAGCUCUUAAAAGAGGCGUCUUAAACGAUCGCGACACGAAGGAGUUAAACCGCCCGAACGAAGUACUUGACUUAGCACGCUCGUUGGAGGGGUGCAAUGGGGACGUUUGUGAGGAUUUGGACCAUUUUCAGUCUGCUCGCUUUGUCGCGCACCGAGUCACCAGUGGAGGUUUUGCCAUCCUCGAGCGGGCUCAGCACCUUCGAGGAGAAGGACAUACUUCGCGUGCUGUCGCGCAACAAGACCGACACGACUGAGAAUUUCACUUUCGUCGAGCUGAUCAGCAGCCUCGGUAAUUACACGAUCGACACCACGAAAGAUAUAUGGAGAGACGACAGGCCGGAACUGCAUCACACGAAUCCGCACUAUGAGGACUUUCCGGAGAGAAUCGAUCUGGAGGCGCGCAGAUUAUUGCAAAUCCUUCCCCCUUACGACCCCGGCGCGGGAGGCGUCAGCGCGGAAUGCAAACGACACGCCGAGAUCUUUCACGAGGAGCUCGCCAAGUUCACGCUGUGGGCGCUCAAAAUGUACGACGCGACCGCGAAAGUACCUUCCGGCCUGCUCAGCGGGAAUGUAAAUCAGUUCGGCGAUUUUGACGAGUGCCUCAGUGUCGAGGGCAAGGAUGGCAUACAGGGACAGUACUGUUUGGCGUACCUGCAGAUAGACGUCGACGAGUCCCGGCCGGACCUCAAGUACCUGCACCGCCUGCUGCAUUCGCAUUACGCGUUUCGCAGCAAUAUGACCGACCCCGGUCACAGAGUGCCGCGUUUCAGCAGCGUGAAUUGGGCCAUAUGCACUCCCGCGUCAUGUACGGCCCAAGACGUGAAAGCCUCUCUUCAACACACCAUCUCAAAGUACACGGCCCAGACUGGUCUCAAAAUCUCGCUACAGGUGGACCAGAAUAUGUGCCAAGUGAAGGGAGAACCCGUUUUGUCAAAAGCGACCAUCGCCACCAGCCUUCUCUUCGUCACCGUACUCGUCCUGACUCUCGUAGCCGCGUACUACGAUCAUUGCGAAAUACCGGCCAGCGAAUUGCUCUUAUCGUUCUCUUUGAAGCGCAACACCCUAAAAUUAUUCUCGUUGGAGAGACCGCAAGGCGACAUAGCGUCGCUUCACGGUAUCCGAUUCUUGCACAGCGUCUUGCUGCUCGUAGCACACAAGAGUAUGGCGGUAUUCUUUAACCCUUACAUAAAUCGCACUUACAUGGGCGAGUUCUUAGGCAAACCGUGGACCGUCAUAGGAAGAGCGGCCAGUCUGUAUACCGAUCCGUUCAUUAUGCUGUCCGGUUUGUUAACGGCAUACUCGUUCGUAGGUAGAUUAAAAAGGACCGGGUCUUUGGACAUUAAGAAUGAAUACUUGUCGCGCUUGCUAAGGCUAGUGCCGACUCUAGGAGCGCUGAUACUGUUCUGUACUUACAUUAUGCCGUACAUCGGGUCUGGACCGCAGUGGCCGCUGGUGGUGACGAAUCACGCGGAAAUCUGCAAGAGAACAUGGUGGCGGAAUUUUUUAUUUAUUCACAAUUACUUCGGAUUCGAAAAUAUGUGUCUUACGCACACGCAUCACGUAGGGAUAGACACGCAACUGUUCGCCAUUUCACCCAUAAUGGUGUUGCUCUUGUAUAAAAGGCCAAAGAUCGGCGUUAUUAUACUCAGUAUAAUAGCCUCGAUAUCAACGCUAAUGAGAUUCUACGUCACAUAUACCAAAGAUCUCAAUAAUUAUGUAUACUACGGCACGUCGAUAAGACAAUUAUUCGACACCGCGGAUUAUUCCUACACGUUACCGUCGCAUAGACUGACUGUUUAUAUCAUCGGUAUCUUCGUGGGUUGUUUGCUCCGAAAUAUACCUAAGGACUUUAAGCUGGGCACAACAGCCCUCUACACAGGCUGGACCAUGUGCACCUUAAUGUUCUUGGCGGCUUUCAUCGGGCCCUCUAAAAUGGGCUCUAUCGACUACGUAUACAACCCAAUUCACGCGGCUACUUACAACGCGUUCGCACCUGUCGGAUGGUGCGCCCUGUUCCUGUGGAUUACGAUAACGCAGCACAUCGGGAGUUUAAACGGAGUCUUGAACAGAAUAAUCUCUUGGCGAGGAUUUCUCGUUACCACGAGGAUCAGUUAUGCCAUCUAUUUAACGCAAUUCCCGAUAUUUUUCUACAACGUUGGACAAACCCGCAACGCGGAACACUACGAAUUUUUCAGGAUAAUGAUAAAUGUAAAAGAAUUGGCAUGGAUCGUUUUCAUGUCGAUAGUUCUCACGCUGCUGUUCGACACGCCGUUUCAGAAUAUAAAGAAUUAUAUAAUGAAAAAACCGGCAUCAGAAAAGGCUAUAACGAAAUCAUCCAAAGUGGAAUAAGUUUUUUUAAAAUUUCAUCUUGAUUUUGACCAAAUAUUUUAGCUUGAUUACAAUAGCUCGUCUGUGGCUUUGUACAUAGCAUUUUUAAAUUAAAUUUUUAAUAAUUAAUGAAUAAUGCGUAGACAAAUUGCGGUAGGAAUGAAAUAUUAGAAAAAAAAGAAUUUUGAGAGAAGAGAUGUGCCUUUGUAAAAAUUAAUUCAAAUUUUUGUUAAGUAGGAAAGUAAUUAGUGAAAUGCACUCAAAUGAAGUGUGCUUAUAAAAAAACAUUCUCUCUUUUUUAAUAAAUGUCACCAUUACAUAAUUAAAAAAAUAUUUGCCACACUUUUAUAUAAUUUUAAAUAUAGCCAUAAAAAUACUUGUAAAUAUCAGUUUCUCGUUCAUUUUCGCACACCAUUAAUAAACUUGGCAUAAAGAAAUCAUUUUUUACACUCAGGCAACACAGUACCAUACAUAAUUUAUGAUGACGGAUUGACAUUGCAUGUAUCAAUCCCUCUCUUCGUAUAAACAAUAAAUAUAUAAAAAUACCGAAUGAUAAUGUAGAAUAAAGAUUUGAAAAAUAAA